AGCACACGCCACCUUGUGUUGCAGUCUUCGCCUAAACUGUAUCUCUGGGAAAGAGUUCCUGGCUGCCUGUUUGUAUCCCUGAGUCACCACAGACCCCCCACCCCCCAACGUGGGAUGUUAACCUUGGAGCAAUAUGGAGAUUAGCUGCAGAGCUGAAGCAGAGUCCCAAAGGGGCUUCAGUUCUGCAGAAUCUACACAGCCUACUUUACCAUACACUGGCCAGACGCUAGCGCUCGGGACGUCCGAGCUGACGACUGGAAUCCCUCAAGGAGUCACUCAGGAGCAAGCUGUGACCAGUCGGAGGGAGUGACACAUCUGCGCUCAGUUCCUCCCUCCUCACCAUCCUCACCUCCCUCUCACGUGCUUGCGGGCCGUUGGGCAGAAGUGAGCCCCGUGGCUCUGCCAAAGACAAGCCUGUUGGGUUUACAGAAGGGAAAAAAAAACAAAAAACCAACAAAACCAAAAACCCAAACAAACCUCAGGCAAAGUCACGGCAUUGAAAUCGUUACCCUUGAAGAAACUGCGUGGAGAAGCGUGCAAAGAUGAAUGGCCCAGUGGAUGGCUUGUGUGACCAUUCUCUAAGUGAAGAAGGAGCGUUCAUGUUCACAUCGGAGUCGGUCGGAGAGGGACACCCGGACAAGAUCUGUGACCAGAUCAGUGAUGCCGUGCUGGAUGCCCAUCUGAAGCAGGACCCCAAUGCCAAGGUGGCCUGUGAGACGGUGUGUAAGACGGGCAUGGUGCUGCUGUGCGGCGAGAUCACCUCCACGGCCACGGUGGACUACCAGCGGGUGGUGAGAGGUGCCAUCAGGCACAUUGGCUACGACGAUUCUGCCAAGGGUGAGGCGGGGCUCCGGGUCUGAGAUGCGUGGGCGUCCCGACGCUGCAUGCGAACUGAGGCUCUCGGUCCUCGGCUAGUGCAAAUACCACCAGGAGGAAAACAUUCCUAGACCCGCUUGGCAGGGUCGGGGGUCAAAGUCUCUGGCGACAGCAUGGUGGCCCACGUGACAGCGCCCAGUUGAACUACCGCGUGUCUGUCCGUCCGUCCGUCCUUUGUUGACUCUGGUCUUCGUGGUGCAGGCAAAGGCUUUGGAAGAGAGAAGCACCCACUGAGUAAGGGGAGCUGCCCCCUGCUGGGGACGUGUUCUCUGCCAGGCCCUGGGGCUGCUCUUUGCAGGUGUCCUUUUAACUGUUUGAGGCCCUCUGCCGUACUCCUCCUGCAGAUGAGGAAAUUGAAGCUUGGGAAUGUCCAUAAUUUGCGUAAGGUGACCGCCAGCAGGUGGCUGCCCAUGUGGACUCCUGUGCUUUCUGCUUCCAUAUGCUGCUUCUCACGAUAGACAGAGAAAAAGGCGACUCCGCCCAGAACCGGUACCCAUGGCAGGUGAAGGGGACAGGCUGGCCGAGGUGGGCUCCAGUGCCAGGCAGUGUGGGAGCCUGCAUUCCAGGGAAGGGACACAGGCCCUGGCAGGAAGUGAGGAGGAGCGCCGUGAUCGGGGCGGGCGUAGGGGGAGACCGCUGGCAAGAACAGAAGGGCACAAAGCAGAUUCCAACAUCUGAGACGGGGCAGGCCGGGAAGGGGCCCAGCCUGGAGCGGCCUCAGAGAACAGCAUGCGAGCCAGAUGCUGAAGGCCUGUGGGCACUGACCUCCCAGCUACUGGGUCUUUAGGGUGACGUGUGCCGCCGCCGUGGGUCGGGGCAGGCUGGAAUGAGGCACUGCACCCGUAUGAGCGAGAGCCCCUCGCCCCUGAGGGCACAGACACAGAAGCUCAGCGCAGCCGCCUUUGGAGCCGCCCGGAGCACUCAUUUAAGCACAUGAAAGUUUGGGGGGGCCAUGUCAGGAAUCAGCAGGAGGAGAACCAGUGAGCACAGGCAAAAUCUCCCAGUCAGCGCAUGAGGGUGUUCAUAGAGGAAACACUCUGUCCCCAAUCAGCAGCUUCCCCACAUGCCACCAUGCAGAGCCAUCACCCUGUUCUACAAGGAAAAGCCGAUUGUUUACAUACGUGUAGACCUUAUUCAAGAGCAAGUCUUGUUCUGCACUAGGUGGAAAGGAAACUUCCCAGGAGGCCAUGUCUCCUAGAGAGAGAGAAGCGAGAGAGAGCCCAGCUCUGCUGUGCCCAGCUUGUCCCCGUGCCCAUACCCAGAGGACCCCGCGCAGCAUGGUGGCUGCCUUAGGGGGGCCCCCAGGCUAACUGCCCCUUAUGGCUCUGGGCCACAGUCACGGACUGGCUGCCAUUCUGAGCCCUGCUCCUCUCCCCUUAGUCCCCUGAAUUCCAUGUUUCCUAAUCACUUGGAGCCCUUGAUGGAUUUGCAGCGCUGAGAAGAUUCACCAUUUAGAGAGUGAUUAGGAAAAAUGCAACAUGUUUAAUGCACAAUGGUGAAUCCUUGGCAGCCCUCUAAAGAUGGUUCAUUGGUUUGUGUGUCCAAAAACGUUUGCUGGGAACAGGAAGCUGCAAGGGACAAAGGCGUCUUGAUGCUCCCGGAGGGGGGCACGCCUGGCAUUAAAUGGUGCAGUGUGAGGUGCCCUGUGGCGAGUCGGUGGCACAGUGUGCAGUGAAGGGAGGGAGGGGGAGGGGAAGUCUAGGGCCAUCUAGGGACAUUUACUGAGAGCUGGUUGGAUUUGGGUGUGUGGGGAUGGACAGUUGGAGGAGGAGGAGGAGGAGUAUUCUACACAAAGACACCUAGUGGAGGUAGAAAAGCAAGCCACACUGAAGGCUACACUUAAGUGCAUUUGGCUAGAGCAGUUCAGCUGGGAGGGGCUGGGUGGAGCUGAGGGGCUUGGGCUCUGCUUCAUUUGGCGGGGGGUCCCCACAUGAAGCAUGUACAGAAACAAUAGACUGGAUCUGGGUUGGUUGGUUGGUUGGUUGUAGUAAGCUCACACUGGCAGCCUAGGUUGAAUAGACUGGGAAGAGUGACAGUUACUCAGCUUGUCACUAACACUUGGCCUUGUGGUGGAGCCUCUGUGAUUUUCAGCCCCUCAUUCACACAGUCCGUAUGGCUGAGCCCAGCAAGGCCCGAGGACCUACAGGGAGAUGAGUGUGCUGUCCGGGCAUGGCGGCCCCUUCCCGGGCUCCUUGGGCUGGGCUGCCACUGGCCAAACCUCCGUGAACCAGUUCCAGGCCUGCUGCCCCUUGCUGGGGAGAACAGCCUCCAUCUCUGUGCCUGACCUUUGGCGAUGGGCAGACGGGGCCUCAGCCUCCAGAGGGGUGCCUUUUCCAUUUUGCUCCAAGCCCUGUGCAUAGCCUGGGAUCAGAGGACUCUAGGUCUGGGAGCAUGUCUGAGUAGUUCCUGUGCACUGUAUUUGUCCAAUAUAUUUAAUACCUGCAUCAGGCACAUCCCUGGGCUUCCAAACUGCAGUGCUGGAAGGCGAUUUUCAGCCUGGAUCUUAGAAGGUGCCUAAGGGGGCAGGGCCAUGAGUCACCCACCUACUCUUCAGCCAGAGUGGCUGUAGCUCUUGAUCUGGUUUUUAUAUUGCAGUUCUGUGCAGGAUAUAUAUAUAUUUUUUAAUUUUAU